GGUGGCUGCGCCGCAGCAGACGGGAGACGGGGCCAGACUGCUUACUGCUGGUGCUGGCUGGGUGUUUUCUUUUGAUCGAAUAAUUCGACCCAGCCAGCAGAAGCAUUCGACAAGUGUACAGACGCGAUUUCUUGGUGCCUAGAGACUGGGGCGGUCGGACAAGAAGGCAUGAGCUGCGUCCGCAAGUCGCUGAAGACCCCUGACGCCCUACGGAGUCGCCAGGCGGAAGAGUUUCUCAGGUUUUUUUGUGCUCCCACCAGAAGCGACUGAGGAGGCUUUGGCCAUGAAGGGCUCCAUCAGCCCUGAGGAGGUGCUCAGGCUGCCCAGGAUCACCGAGAACUACCUCUGCGCGCCUGACGCCAAUGUCUAUGAAAUCGACUUCACUAGGUUCAAAAUCAGAGAUCUGGAGACCGGCACCAUUCUUUUUGAAAUUGCGAAACCACCACCAACAGGUAAACAAACAUUAUUUAAAAUAGUCACUGCCAUUGAUUUAAUUUUCUCAGAUUGCAACUCUGAUCUUGAGGACGAGCCCGAUCAUGAAAACGAGGAAGUGGACCCAAAUGCAGGCCGUUUUGUCCGCUAUCAAUUUACUCCGCAAUUCCUCAAGCUCAAAACUGUUGGUGCCACGGUAGAGUUUACAAUUGGCAGCAAAGCGGUCAACAACUUCCGGAUGAUUGAACGACAUUUCUUCAGAGACAAGCUGUUGAAGUCGUUUGACUUUGAGUUUGGUUUCUGCAUUCCAAACAGCAAAAACACGUGUGAGCAUAUAUAUGAGUUCCCGACACUCAGCCCAGAUCUAGUCAGAGAAAUGAUUGAACACCCAUUUGAGACGCGUUCCGACAGCUUUUACUUUGUGGAUGACCGGCUGAUCAUGCACAACAAAGCUGAUUACUCAUAUGACGGUGGCAUCUGAACAUAAGUGUGAACUGUCUUUAUCAGUGAUCAUCCCAUUUUGUUACUUGCACAAUUUGAGUUGAGCAGCAGAUGAUGAAAAGCAGGGUCCAAUUUAUCUGUCGAAGUCAUUCCUUUUAAUUUGAUCAACUGUAGAAGACUGCUGAAGAUUUAUCUUAAAAUCAAAAACCAUUUUACUCGGUCUUUGAGCUUUUUAUGAGAGCUUUUUUAGUUGUUAAUUUUGAAACCAUGCAAUAGCGGUUUAUUAAAAAGACAUUGUGUGUGCAUAUUUAAAAUGUGUUCCCAUGAAUUUUCUUGUAACAGCAUUUUGAUUGUAUUUUGAACUAUUUUAUAGCACAGUGCCAGCUGCACUUUGAAGAACAUAUAUAAAUGUAUUUCCUUAAUGUUAUUAUUAUUUUAAUACAUAUUCAAAAUCAAAGUAUUUUGCUUAUUUUAUUUUACGCUUGGAGGUAUCCAUUGCUGUGCCUUAAUUAUUUUUGAAGCUUCCCUUGGACCCACUGGUGGAGUUAAAUGGACAAUGGAAGAAUGCAGGGCUUUCUCUUAUUCAUACUGUACUGUGUGCUCGUGAGCUGUUCGAGUGUUCAGAGGAAAUGUUUAAUACAGAACGAAAAUAAAAAUACAAAAUUUGUGCAGCUUCAAAAA